GUGCCUAUCGUGGCGUGACGCAAAAACAUUUCGGAAAGGGGGUUCGCCGCUUAACCGCCGAGCCAACCUUGCCCAGCCCUGAACGGCAGCAGUGGAUGCAGUGCGGUUGUUUACAAGUGUGUUCGAUAGCAAAACAAAAUACCUCCUGCUCCCGGAAGAGGUGCACAACAUCAGCAGCCAGUUGGGAAAUGCUUUCAGUGUCUGAGGGGUGGAAAACAUACGGAAGAAACCCCAUAUUACCACGUGACCGCGUACGGGUUCCCAAGCAUCUCGUUAUGAGUGGACUCGCUCAUCAUAAGGAGCUGGCGGACGGCCCGUGCCUGUCCGAAGCCCUCGAUACAUCAAUGUCAAAUCAGCACCCGUUGGACCGUGAUAAUGCACAUAAGCACACAUGAGUGUGUCUCUAGUGAUAUGGAUUGGUUUGAAUGGGGCAAUGUUUAGUCACGUCCUAGCCUUGGAAGGGCGCCUAUCGAUAUAGUUUUCGGUCGCAACACUAGCCACUAUUUGCACGUGAGGCAAUUAGUUCGAUCACGCGGAGAACAACAGGAGAACAGCAUGAAUAUAUUAACACAUGGUACUUCCACCACAAGAACCAGUUCCGAUAAGCUCCUUCACGAGUGCAGUGUACGAGUGUCGCCUUCGAGUGGAGUUCAGAACUCGCUCGGAUGGCAAGAAAAACAAGUUUGGAUUAUCACAAUUCGUAGUGUUGCCCGCCCUUUUUGACCAUGCGAUAAUAACAGAGCGUUCACAGUGAUGAUCUUCCAGGCAGUGUUAAGUUGGUUCGAAUAAGACAGGUCUUGGACUCAACACCAAAAGCACCCGCGGACUGUGACCCGGGAAAGGAUACCAAACGCAAGUCGAUCGAUCGAUCUCACAAGCGUGCAGCAAUGAGCGGCAUCCAGAAUGAUGCAUUUCUCACGGAGAUGGAAGACGGUACAACAACCCUAACCAAACGCAAAUCCAAUGGACACAUGGCAGUGGUCGAGCCCCGAUUCUGCGUUCUUCUGCAGGGUGUGCCGUCGAUAUCUUACGGAAACGAUAGGGCACCAACACUGGCCGGUGGAAGCGAACCUCCAUCGGUGGGCGGCAAACUGUACGACAGACUUUCCGGAGCCUACGACCGGCACAAGAAACACCUCCAAUUGGGCGUGUACAUUUUGCUGAAUGUUGUUGUUGUUGUGUUCUUCGGUUUCGCUACCAAUUACUACCUCGAGUAUGAGCAAACGGAAUGUGGUAUGCAGUGGUGUGAUGGAUACGGUAUGCUGGUACUGCUGGUUGGUUUCGUCUAUUUGGGUCUGCUGUACUACCAUGUGGCAAAACCAUUGCUGGGGCGACACUUUAAGGAGUUCAUGGUACAACCUGUCACAAGAAUGGUAGUCCACAUCAGUAAACCUUGGUAUAUACGCCUUGGUGCCGUCGCAUUAGUGCUGGCCGGUUUCGCCCUAUUCGUGUACUUCGAAACGCGUGACCAAACCGAACGGCUUAUGUCCCUCACCGGAAUGGCGUUCCUGCUCGCCGUCUCCUUCCUAAUAUCCAAACACCCAACCCGAAUAAACUACCGUACCGUCGUGCUCGGUGCCAUCUUCCAGUUCCUGCUCGGGCUGUUCUGCAUCCGCUGGGAUGUAGGUCGUAGCAUCUUUUCCUGCGUCGGCGAUAAGGUUGCCACGUUCCUGAACUACACCCGUGCCGGUGCCGCGUUCGUGUACGGUAUGGUGCUGGUCGGGGACGGCGAGAACGAGUACGCCAUCUUUGCGUUCUCCGUCCUGUCUGUGAUAUACUUCUUCAGCUUCUUCAUCUCCAUCCUGUACUAUCUGGGCGCGAUGCAGUGGGUCGUGCUGAAGCUGGGCUGGAUUCUGCAGUCAAUCCUCGGCACAACCGUGUGUGAAAGUGUGAUCGCAGCGGCUAACAUUUUUCUCGGUAUGAGCGAAUCGCCGCUACUGAUACGACCGUACCUGAAAGAUCUCACCCCUUCGGAGAUACACUCGAUCAUGACGUCGGGGUAUGCGACAGUGUCCGGGACAGUGCUGGCAGCGUACAUCUCGUUCGGUGCCAAUCCGGCUCACCUUAUCACGGCCAGCGUGAUGGCGGCACCGGGUGCACUUUGCUUCGCGAAGAUGAUUUACCCAGAGACGGAGGAGAGCAAGACGCGAUCGGAUAACAUACAGAUGGAGGAGUCUACUGACUCCUCCAUGUUGGAUGCGGCCAGCAAUGGGGCCAGUGCGGCGACACCGCUCGUCCUGGGCAUCAUUGCCAAUCUGAUCGCGUUCGUGUCGUUCAUUGCCUUCCUGAACGGGGUACUGUCCUGGUUUGGGUGGCGCGUCGGCUGGGAGGACGUAUCGCUGGAGAGCAUCUUCGGUGCCGUCUUCCGACCGCUCGCCUUCGUGAUGGGCGUCCCGUGGGAUGACAGCUACUACGUCGGCAAGGUGAUCGGCAUCAAGAUGAUCGUGAACGAGUUUGUCGCGUUCGAGCGGCUCGGCGAGUUCAUCACGGAGCAGGUGAUAUCGCCAAGAUCAGCGGCUAUUGCAACGUAUGCUGUGUGCGGAUUUGCUAACCCGAGCUCGAUGGGCAUCAUGAUCGGUACGCUCAGUGCCAUGACGCCGGACAAGCGCGGCGUCAUUACCUCGGUCGCGUUCCGGGCGUUCAUGGCGGGAUCGAUCGUGUGCUUCAUGACGGCCAGCAUCGGCGGGCUGCUGAUGGAUGAUGCGAUUUUUAACGGGUUUGGCAGGAUGGGGCCGAUCGAACAGUCGAUCGCCUUGGUGAACGGUACGCUCGGUGUGCCAACAUUAACUCAGUAGCAUUUGUUAGGUUAAAGAGAUGUAAAACAAGUGUCAUUAAUAAACCAAACGUAAUAGUUUCAUUUGUCAGUAUUAAAAA